UAUACUUUUCCUCUUUAUACCUAUGUUAGUUCAUAUAAUUAUUUAUUUUUGUACACUGUUUAUUUAUUUGUGUAGAACCCAUCAAAAUGGCAUCUACAUCCAAAGAUAGUACUAAUUGUACUAUAGCGCAUAAUAAUUCAACUGAUAACUUGGAGCCUGGAGCGUGUCCUGAAAGCAUUCUGAAUCCCACGGACUCUUUUGAGGAAUUUGCGUCGGAGAUGAGUUCGAGCCUUCAGGAUAGAGACAAUUCUUUAACAGCAAAAUGUAGCACUAUAAGUGAAAUUCAAAGUGAAAUUGGUGAAAGUUCUAAAGAGAAUGUACAAAUGAAAAAUACAAAAUCAAGUGAUGAUUUACAAAAUAAAGCUACAGUGUCAGCAUCAGCUAGCAGUUCUAAUUUAACAGAACAGAAUGGUGUUGAUGAAGAUGGUGAUAAUGAUAAAGAUGAUUAUUUACAAUCACCAGAGUUGGUAAAUAAGGAGAAGCAUGUAUUCAUACUCAGUUCUGCUGGAAAACCUAUUUAUUCAAGAUAUGGAAAUGAAGACAAAUUAGCUGGUUUGUGUGGGCUUAUACAAGCUCUGGUCAGUGUUGUAGAAGAACAGAAUCAAGAUAUUUUAAGAUCUAUCAACACUAAAGACUGUAAGGCAGUGUUCUUGGUCAAGGGUCCUUUAAUACUGGUUGCGAUGUCAAAGUCUAACGAGAGUGAGACACAGUUGGUUUUACAAUUAACAUAUGCAUUCAACCAAAUAGUGUCAGUAUUAACAUUGACCCAGUUAAAUAGGAUAUUUGAACAAAGAAGGAACUAUGACCUGCGGAGAUUACUGGCUGGUGCAGAGAGAUUGAUUGACAACUUAUUAAUAUUUAUGGAGAAAGAUCCUGCAUUUUUAUUAGGUGCUGUAAGAUGUUUACCAUUACCAGAAAAAGCAAGAGAGAACAUAACAAAUGCAAUAAUAUCAACAUGUAAUAAGAUACGGGAUCUUGUUUUCGCUAUAAUGAUUGCUGGCAAUCAAUUAAUAACUCUAGUCAGGAUGAAAAAAUACACACUACAUCCAUCAGACAUACAUCUGCUAUUCAACUUGGUGCGGAGCUCGGAGUCAUUCAAAACGGCUGAGAGUUGGACGCCGAUAUGCUUGCCCAAAUUUGAUGCUACAGGCUUCCUACACGGUCACGUGUCGUAUAUAUCAGAUGACUGCCAGGCGUGUCUACUGCUUCUAACCGUACGGCACGAUGCUUUCUUCACUCUAUCUCAAGCCAAACACACAAUAGCCGAGAAAUUAAGACGGGCAAACUGCUUAGUCGCUAUAAACGAUGCUCUGAAUAGAAACGAGGAAUUACCAACCACAAAUCCACUGAAACAUAUUGGUAUAGCCGAAAUAAGACAUUUUAUGUACAAAUCUAAGUCAACCGCGCAACUGUUCACCUCGGACCCCAUAAGUCUAGAUAGAUUGCAAGAUUACAGGAUAAGGCAUAAAGAAAGUGGUGACGUCACAGUGAAGAAAAUUGAAAAGUUGUCAGACAUAGAUUAUGUAAGGAAUUACAGGAAAUUCUGCAGUCAAAUACAUUGUACAUCAAUACCGGCUAAAUUAAUAUUUAGAUCCAAUUCACAUGAUACUGUGUUAGCUUGGGUGACAAACGGUUUCGAACUAUAUGUAACGUUUGACCCGUUAAUGGAGAAAGACCACGCCAUCAGGGCUGUAGACCGACUAAUACAAUGGAUAAAGAAAGAAGAACAUCGGAUCUUCAUUAUGAACGCGCCCACUUUCUAGCUAAAAUCUUUGGUGCCUUCAUUAACUGGCAUUAUGAAGUUAUAGCUCUAAUGAGGAGUAAGCAAUAUAAACUUUAUAUAUAAAUCACAUAUUUUUAUAAUUGAACUUUGUGAGAAUAGCAUAAAUAGUACCCCACAAACAUCCAAAAUUUCAAUGUAAAUACAUUGAAAUUGCAGUGUUUAGCAAAAUUUUAUCUAGUGUGCAAAUGUUUUUAAACGUAUGGGAGAGACUUUACUAUUCUUAAUAAGGUAUGUUCACAUGAAAGGCAACCGUGUCAAAGACCAUUAAGUAACAGGAUUAUAUACUGACACAUUUACGAUAGUUAUACUGUAGACACUGUCUAAUGACACAAAUAAAUGUAUCAUGUGACCAUUCCCUAAGAUAAUGGUGAUCGUCUGUCUUGUUCCUUAUGAAAUUGCAUAGGAAUAUAUUUAAAGCUGUAUAGUGUAAGAUGUUUUAAAUAAACGUUUUUGUAAAUUAAAAUAUUUGCCAAUGUUUCUCUAUAGUGUUAGAUGAUGAGUGGCUUAUAGUGUAAAUACUAUGAUUAAUUAAUUGUAUAAAAUAAUUUAUAAACAAUAUUUGUUUACUUCAGUCAGGAACGUAGCAAUAUGAAAGAUUGUACCUAAUUAUAUAAUUUAAAUCUUCCAUAGCCUAUAUUUUGACUUUAUUUGAAGGAUGGAAUAAAAAUUCUAAUAUAUUGAAGUUCCUAUUGUCUUUUUGACAAGUCAUUUACUAAUUUUCUCCUUACACUGACUGAAGUUAGUACAAUUACAUCAUAAUCAUUAAUUUAUUUAUCUUAAGAUCUGUGAUUCACUCAUCUACUAUAUAGUGUUAUUAGAAGCUGAUAAGAACUUAUGGGAUGCCAAUAUGUAAUGUUAAAUACAUAAUCAUAGAUAUCAUCACAGAUAAUCUCUACUGCAAUUGUUCAUUGGGAUGAUGAUAUGUAAACUUCCUCAAUAAAGUUCUUGAGAUUGAGAUCGGUCAACCAAAUUCUGCAGCUUUAUAUGUUAACAUAUAGAUAACAGAAAUGUUCUUCCAAAUACUUUUUCUUGUACGACACAAGCGCCAUCUACAGUAAGUUAAUUAGCAAACUUCUCAAAAUGCGAGCCUUACGUUGACAAAUUAUUAUCGCAAUGGGAUGAACGAUUUGGAAGCACAUAAAAACGAAUGUAGAUUUUUAUAUAUAAGAAUAUGAAAUAGCUUACAAUCUGCUAAAAGGUUUAAUAUUUGUUGCCCAUACUGGAAGAUAAAAACUCACCAUUUUGCAAAUUAUCGUUACUAAUUUCUUCUGUUUAUAAGUAUGCUACAUGUCGUCGUUAGUCAAUCAGGGUUUGUACUCGUAUAUUUCUUACGUGCUUUUAUCUUAUACUAUUUUCACGGAACAAGACCUAAUAGGCAAAUAUAAAUUAGCAUUAUAUGAUGAACUGCCCACGCAACUUUGUCCUCGUCACCUAUUGGUCAUAACGUGAUUUUACAUCGCCUUCGAUAAAUAGGCUUGCAUAACCGUCACUAAAGAAUUUUUCAAAUUCGAACUAGUAGUUCCUCAGAUUAGCGCCUUCAACUAAACAAACUACUUUAAUAUUGGUAUAGAUUGGUCGCUAUAAACACAGGCUGUGUACACAGUAUGAGUACAUAUUAGUCUGUUCUUAGACAGAUAAAAUUUGAUAUACUUGUUUUUAAAGUAUAUCAAAUUUUGUUUAUUUUAUCAUACCUGUCAAAAUGACUUUUAUUAGUCUCGAUAAAACUCGAGAACAAACAGAGGAUUAAGAGGUGAGAAAAUAUGAGGAAUUUUUUUAUUGCCAACGGUGACGUAACUAUACCAUCUGAGACUUAUGGCUAAUUAUACGUAUAUAUGAUAUAUACCUAAUUUUGUUACUAAGGGAGACGUUAUACGAAGUUAUCUGCGUGGGCAGGCGAUUAUACGACACAGAAAGCGCUAUAUUAGUGUCUCUCCGUUAAUAUAGUAUAUAAAUUAAAUAUGAAAUUUGGUAACCAUCUAGCGUAAUUACUCUGUACCUGAUAUUGAACUUUGUAGUUAAUAUCGUAGUGAUGGGUAAAGAUUAUAAUACUUAAAGAGAAUAUAUUACAUUUCAACAUAUAAGUGCAUUGUAUCAUUCAUUAUUUAUGUUAUCGAUCAUAAAUUUCUAAAAUUAUGAAUUCAUAGGAAAUUAUAUCUAUAUAUAAGCGUGGAGACUAGCUACACAUAUAACUAAGAAG